UGAUCGCACGCCUUUGGUGGAGGGGUUGCAGCUGGUUGUCCUUCCAGACGCCGAAGAGCCGGGUGAUGGUCCUCUGAGAGCGAGGUGAGGUCGCGGAAGGAAGGAGAGCCCAAGCCGAGGAAGUAAUCGCAAACCUGGGCCGGGGGAAGGCAGAAAAGGGAACCGGAAGCCGGGUGCGGGCCGAGGAAGAAAACGGAAGAAGCCUGGCUCGGGUAGGGCUGGCUGAGAAUUGGAAGCUCCGGGCCUAGGAAGGAAGAGGGAGUUGGGAACCCGGCAGAGGAGGGCCGGGGCGGGAAUCGUGAAUCUCUGCCGAGGGAGGCCGGGCUAAGAAGGGCUGAAGCCGUGCGGAGGGACUUCGGGCAAGAGAGAGCCCAGGCGAGAAGUUCACUCAGGCCUGACUCUUCCCUUUUCCAAAAGAAGAGCUCAUAAGAGAAGUUUCAUCUCUUGCAAAUAUCAAAGCCAUGCCUCAGGAUGAACUAGACUAUGCCCUUACAGGGAUCAGUGUCAUUCAAGGAUGUGACUGUGGACUUCACCCAGGAGGAGUGGCAACAACUGGCUCCUGCUCAGAAGGCCCUCUACAGGGAUGUCAUGUUGGAAAACUAUUGUCACCUCAUCUCUGUAGGAUUUCACAUGACUAAACCUGAUAUGAUCCACAAGUUGGAACAAGGAAAAGAACUAUGGACAACAGAGAAAAUUUUUCCAAGUCAGAGUUACCUCGAAGAAGAUUGGAAAGCUGAAGAUGUUUUAGUGAAGUUCAAAGAAUAUCAAGACAGGCAUUCUAGAUCAGUUGUAUCCAUCAGCCACAAAAGGCUAAUGAAGGAGAGAACUAAUAUUUUGGGGAAAACAUUUACUGUCAGCAAGAACCGUAUUAUUUCAAAAACAACACUACGUGAAUAUAAACCUGAUGGAAAGAUUUUUAAAAAUAUUUCAGAAUUAGUCAUUAGAAAUGUAAGUCCUGUAAGAGAGAAGUUUGGUGAGAGUAAUGGAUGGGAGAAAUCACUCCUUAAUACUAAACAUGAGAAAAUUCAUACUGCAGUGAAUCUCUAUAAACAAACAGAGCGGAGUCUGAGUGGUAAACAAGAGCUUAUUCAACAUCAGAAGGUUCAAACUCCAGAGCAAUCAUUUGAACAUAAUGAAUGUGAAAAACCCUUCCUUAUGAAAGGAAUGUUAUUUACACAUACUAGAGCUCACAGAGGAGAAAGACCCUUUGAAUACAAUAAAGAUGGAACAGGCUUCAUCGAAAAGUCAAAUCUCAAUGUUCACCAACAAAAUAUUAUGGAGAAGAAGGCCCACACAUACAGCAAAUAUGGGAAGUUCCUCUGUAGGAAGUCCAUUUUUAUCAUGCAUCAGAGAUCUCAAACAGAAGAGAAACCCUUUCAGUGUCCUUACUGUGGGAAUAGCUUUAGAAGGAAGUCAUAUCUCAUUGAACAUCAGCGAAUUCACACAGGCGAGAAACCUUAUGUUUGUAGUCAAUGUGGAAAAGCCUUCCGUCAAAAGACAGCCCUCACUCUUCACGAGAAAACACAUAUAGAGGGGAAACCCUACAUUUGUAUGGAUUGUGGGAAGUCCUUCCGCCAGAAGGCAACCCUUACUAGACAUCACAAAACACAUACAGGAGAGAAGGCCUAUGAAUGUACUCAAUGUGGAAGUGCUUUUAGAAAGAAGUCAUACCUCAUUGAUCAUCAGAGAACACACACAGGAGAGAAACCAUAUCAAUGUAAUGAAUGUGGGAAGGCAUUUAUCCAGAAGACAACCCUCACUGUACAUCAGAGAACUCACACAGGAGAGAAACCCUAUAUUUGCAAUGAAUGUGGGAAGUCCUUCUGCCAAAAGACAACCCUCACUCUCCAUCAAAGAAUUCACACAGGAGAAAAACCCUAUAUUUGUAAUGAAUGUGGGAAGUCCUUCCGCCAGAAGGCAAUCCUCACUGUUCAUCAGAGAAUACAUACAGGAGAGAAAUCCAAUGGAUGUCCUCAGUGUGGGAAAGCCUUUAGUAGGAAAUCAAACCUCAUUCGCCAUCAGAAAACUCACACAGGAGAGAAACCAUAUGAAUGUAAAGAAUGUGGAAAGUUCUUCAGUUGUAAGUCAAACCUCAUUGUCCAUCAGAAAACUCACAAGAUAGAAACCAUGGGAAUUCACUAAAAUCUGUGAUUUUUUUGGUGAAAACUUUUAAAGUCAUAGUAAGCCCUGUACAUGAUGUUGCUUGCAAAUGUAAUAAUAUUAAACAGUUUAAGGUACUGUACCACAUAUUUACCUACUAUUUGCUAGCCUAUAAAACACAUAAAAAGAAUUACUGGACAAAUUAAAUGAUAAAAGUCAUUGAAAAUACAAGCUUAAAAUUUUUAUUAGAUUCACCAGACGUAAAUUCCUCUAUCAAGUUGCUACAAACAUUUAAAAUUGCUUAUUUUAAAUUUUAAUAUAUACCUUGUUGUGACCCAGUAAUAAACAGUAGGCUGCCUGGCAGUGGUCCAUAGACCACACUGUGAACAGAACUGCUUUAAAAGAAAGGUGGUGUGACUGUAUUUCUCAUUGCAAAUAUGGUAUAAAAGUUGUUACCUCCUCAGAGUUAACCACAGUUCUAACUUCUAACAUUAUAGUUUUUGCAUAUUAUAAACCUUUAUAUAAAGUAAAUUAUACAUGUAUUCUUUCAUAUAUGGCUUGUUUCAUCCAUCACUCUGUCUUUAAAACUCAUCAUUAGUGCAUGUGGCAGAAGUUUAUUUAUU